AUGGAAGGUUCUUCAAACUCCAACUCAAAGGGAUUCAAUAACUCUGGUGUUUCAGACAGGAACACAAAUGUUGAUGACUAUGUCAGCAGAAGCUUGUUCGGUAGCACUACUCACAAAUCCAGCGAAGAAGAUUCUUUAGGGAUCAAAGACGAUGACCCUUUUGUUAGAUCCUUGGAAUGGGGUGAUGUUAGCUUAAGACAGUGGCUAGAUAAGCCUGAGAGAUGUGUAGAUGUCUUCGAGUGCUUGCACGUUUUCAGACAAAUCGUGGAGAUUGUAAACGCUGCUCACUCUCAAGGCAUUGUUGUUCACAAUGUCAGGCCUUCUUGCUUCGUCAUGUCUUCGUUUAACCACGUUUCCUUCAUCGAAUCCGCUUCUUGCUCCGACUCCGGCUCUGAUUCCUUAGAGGACGGUCCAAUUAGCCACAAGGAAACUGCUGUAGAAGAGAAAGGAGACUACAACAAGAUCUUGGAGAGACAGAUCGAGAAGCUAGAGGAAGAAAAGAAGCAACCUUUUCCGAUGAAACAUGUCUUAGCAAUGGAGACAAGUUGGUACACAAGCCCUGAAGAGGAUUUUGGCUCUCCGAGUACUUGCGCUUCAGAUGUCUACCGUCUCGGCGUCCUUCUUUUCGAGUUAGUCCCUUUGCAGCUGUUUUGCCCUGUGGCAUCAAGAGAAGAGAAGUCAAGAACAAUGUCUAGUCUAAGACAUCGUGUUCUUCCGAGUCAGAUACUGCUCAAAUGUCCAAAAGAAGCUUCUUUCUGCUUGUGGUUACUGCAUCCGGAGCCAAGUUGUCGACCAUCAAUGAGUGACUUGCUUCAAAGCGAGUUUAUAACCGAACCAAGAGAUAACUUGGAAGAACGUGAAGCAGCGAUAGAGCUUAGAGAUAGAAUCGAUGAACAAGAGUCUUUACUCGAGUUCUUGCUACUGAUUCAACAGAGAAAAGAUGAGUCUGCGUAUAGAUUGCGUGACACGGUUUCGCUUCUUUCUUCAGACAUUGAGCAAGUGUCAAAGAGACAGUUGAUCUUGAAGCAAAAGGGUGAUUUCAUCAUCAAAGAUGAUCAUCAAUCUGCUCUGAUGACAAAGGAAGAGCCUUUGGCCUCAAGAAAACGGUUUAGACAACUGAUUCCUCCAGUUGAAACCGACCUUGAAGAAGCUGAUGAAGAAGAGAGUCAAGAAAGCACACUUCUUGAAAGCUCGCGGCUGAUGAGAAACUUCAAGAAGCUAGAAUCUGUCUACUUCCUUACAAGGCGAAGGCAAAUGAAAGCUGCUGCUGCUGCUUCAGGGAAGGCAUUGACUAGACAUUCUCCGUUAAGCAGUGAAAACGGAAGAGGAGGCUCAAUGAUUGUCUCAGAGAAGAGCUCAGUAACCAACCGUGCAGCUCCCAAAGAUUUCUACAGCAAUGAUCCGAGACUAGGCGGGUGGAUAGAUCCGUUUCUUGAGGGUUUAUGCAGAUAUUUAUCAUUCAGUAAGCUGAGAGUGAAAGCUGAUCUGAAGCAAGGAGAUUUGUUGAACUCUUCUAACCUCGUCUGCGCACUUUCAUUCGACCGAGAUGCAGAGUUUUUCGCCACUGCUGGUGUCAACAAGAAAAUCAAGAUAUUCGAAUGUGACUCCAUCGUGAACAACAACAGAGACAUUCACUAUCCGGUUGUGGAAUUGGCUAGCCGUUCAAAGCUAAGUAGCUUAUGUUGGAACAGCUACAUCAAGAGCCAGAUUGCAUCAAGUAACUUUGAAGGCGUGGUUCAGAUAUGGGAUGUUGCAAGAAGCGAGCUGGUUGCAGAGAUGAAGGAGCACAAGAAGAGAGUAUGGUCCAUUGACAUUUCAUCAGCAGAUCCUACUUUGCUUGCUAGUGGAAGCGAUGAUGGAACCGUUAAGCUAUGGAGUAUCAAUCAGGGAGUUAGCAUUGGAACCAUCAAGACAAAAGCCAAUGUGUGUUGUGUCCAGUUUCCAUCAGACUCAGGAAGGUCUUUAGCAUUCGGUUCUGCAGAUCACAAAGUGUAUUACUAUGAUCUUCGAAACCCCAAGAUUCCUCUCUGCACAAUGAUUGGUCAUAGCAAGACAGUGAGUUAUGUCAAGUUUGUAGAUUCAUCCACUCUUGUGUCCUCUUCCACUGAUAACACACUGAAGCUUUGGGACUUAUCAAUGACUGCUUCUGGUGUUAACGAAACCCCUCUUCACUCAUUCGCUGGACACACUAAUUUAAAGAACUUUGUUGGAUUAUCUGUCUCUGAUGGGUACAUAGCUACAGGCUCAGAGACUAAUGAGGUUUUCGUGUACCACAAGGCAUUUCCAAUGCCGGUGAUGUCUUACAUGUUCAGCAACACGGACUCUGCGUCUGGUCUCGAAGUGGACGAUGCCUCACAGUUCAUAUCAUCCAUCUGCUGGCGAGGUCAGUCGUCUACGUUAGUCGCUGCUAACUCCAAUGGCAACAUCAAGAUUCUGGAGAUGAUAGCUUGA